CAUGAAUUCCCCUUCCCUCCCUCGAUAUCGCCAUCGCAAGCGCAUCUCUGCCUUGCGGUUGUCUUCAGAUUCGGUAGCGCCAUUGCCGGCGUAUACAUCGCCGCCCGCGCAUCACUUUUGGCAGGAGGAUCCACCAUCGGACCGACCACCAGAUUAUCCGGACAGUGCCAGUGAAGCUGACGCCGACACCGAGGAUUUCGAGUCAGACCAGGUAUACGCGCACCCUCCUCUUUCCCCACCUCCCCUGUCUCCUAGACGGUACCCGCGCCGACACUCAUCUUCGCGAAUCGCGAAUCCACGCAGGCGAUUAACCUCCGCGUCUGAUCCCCACCUAGACUCGCUUCUCGAGCGGAGUGUACACGCCCUGGAGCUUUCAAACGCGCUUUUACAAUCGUCCAUGUCCACGCAGUCCAGUCUGUCUACGCUGCUGGCUCCGGACAGCCCCGCCGAUCAGUCGCUCCAGGCGCGUGCACGCGUUUUGUCCUCAAGAAUUGGGCAAGACGUGCACGACGUCUGGAUGGAAGAUUUGGAGGAGAUAACUAAGGGCGUGGACAGGCUGUUUGGUGAACACGCGUCUUCUGAUGACGAGAGGAGUGUGGCUGGCCCGAGCACGGCGGGCGAUUCCUCCACCCUGGUGAGCAGCAGUCUACCUUCCAUAUCGUCCAUUCGCCGCCCUGGCAGAGGGCGAAGACGCCCUUCUCUGGAUUUCCGGAAUGCGAGGACAGAAAGCGCGAGCUCGGACGCGGGUCAGCUCAACUACUCCAAUCAUGAUCGAAGGAACCUAGUCGCCACAGCCCCUCGUGCCCUGACCCUGUAUGUGGACUCGACGGACGAUCCAUCAUCCAUACUCCUCCCUUCAACCCUGGGUCUACGAGCAUCGUCUUCCUCGUACUUUCCAGAUACAUCUAGCAGUUCUACCGAUAUUAAUGCGUCCGCGGGUCCAACUCGAAGAUCGCACUCUCAUUCGCUGCAUUCGCUAUCACAGUCGCGGAACGCGUCGUCAGAUCAGCUUGAUCACCAACCCGAACUAUCUACCUCCUCCUCAACCACGAAGGCCUACGAUCUGCUUUCCUCAGUCGCGAAGCGGAAUGCCUCACCCCCGGUACGAUCGUCCGGUUCGCGAUCCCGCUCGAUAACACCACGACGCCAUCAUUCGCCUCCUCCCUUGCCUCGUCCCAUGACACCUCCAAUAGAGGAACUGUCCUCUGCCUCCACAGCUUCCUCAACCGACUCCCAGCCCGACGUCUCCAGGACCGUUCAGACGCUGAGAAAGAUUCUCAACGAGCAGCCGAAGCCGCCGGCGGAGCCGCCUGUACCGUCGAAACGACCGAGCUUCCUGCCCAAGUCCGCCCCUCCUGCGCCUGCGAUCGGCACUUCAAAUGCUACCGCCUCUGUAUCGAGGCUGUUCACGAAAGGCACGCACCAUUCGAGCACACGACCACCCAGCCCACCGAAGCACUCUUCGCUGAAGCAGCGGAGUGCGCCGAGCACGCCCGUCACGCCCGCGCCGUCGCUCCUCAGCAUUAAUACGGACAGCUCCAGGAGCGCGACGAGCUCAGGGCGGUCCACGCCCAAGCGCAUCAGCUUCGCCGAGCUCCCCGAGUCUUAUGGGCAGUCGAAGCCUGGCGGGUCAGAGUCGUCCAAGUACCCGAGCAAACGGUCAAGGAAAGGUCCGGGGGUGGGGAGGAAGGAUAGGGACAGGAGCGACGCAGAGGGUGGUUCGGGGUGGUGGACGGGCUGGCUACUCGGUGCGAGUGGCUCGUAUGGAGGCGCAGGGAUGAGUCUGAGCGUGGAGAGGGCGGAGGACCGAGCUGUGGAAGCGGCUGGGAGGGGGUGGGGCGGGAAGGCGAGGUUUGGCGGGCCGUUGGACGAGUGGGGGAUCUGACCGGGAUCCGGUGAGGACUUCUUGGUUACGAACGGACUGCUUGCUGGAGGAGGUGGAUACCGUCCUGUCUGGAAAACCGCCUGCCGGCGCUGGAUGUUUGUAUAUGCUGGUGCUGGAGUGCACCGAAGGAGCUCACGUUCUCUAAUUGCUCGCCAUUGCCGGGCAUUGUUACGACCUGUCAUGACUUAUUUCUAACAUUUAUUCCUCGUCCCGCCUUCAUUGAUACCACCGAAUCCUUUGCACAACAUACGGACAUCGACAUAAGUGUUCGACUAUCCGCUCAUCUGCAAUCCUUUCUAGUCCUUUCUUCAUCAUUUGUAUUAUUGGGCAUCUCGUUAGUCAAUGUUAUUCUCUACAACCGGCUACGUUCAGCGGUGA